GGAGCUGUGACUGAUGAGAAUUAAAGGCCAUGGAUGAAGAUGGACUUGAAUUACAACCACAAGGGCCAGACUCAUUUUUUGAUGCGACAGGGGCUGAUGCUACACACAUGGAUGGUGAUCAGAUCGUUGUGGAAGUACAAGAAACUGUUUUUGUUUCAGAUGUUGUGGAUUCAGACAUAACUGUGCAUAAUUUUGUUCCUGAUGACCCAGACUCAGUUGUAAUCCAAGAUGUUAUUGAGGACGUUGUUAUAGAAGAUGUUCAAUGCCCAGACAUCAUGGAAGAAGCAGAUGUAUCUGAAACUGUCAUCAUUCCUGAGCAAGUGCUGGACUCAGAUGUAACUGAAGAAGUUUCUUUAGCACACUGCACAGUCCCAGAUGAUGUUUUAGCUUCUGACAUUACUUCAGCCUCAAUGUCUGUGCCAGAACACGUCUUGACAAGUGAAUCUAUACACGUGCCUGACGUUGGACAUGUUGAACAUGUGGUUCAUGAUAAUGUAGUAGAAGCAGAAAUCGUCACUGAUCCUCUGACAACCGACGUAGUUUCAGAAGAAGUAUUGGUAGCAGAUUGUGCCUCUGAAGCAGUCAUAGAUGCCAAUGGGAUCCCUGUGGACCAGCAAGAUGAUGACAAAAGCAACUGUGAGGACUACCUUAUGAUCUCCUUGGAUGAUGCUGGCAAAAUAGAACACGAUGGUUCCUCUGGAAUGACCAUGGACGCAGAGUCAGAAAUUGAUCCUUGUAAAGUGGAUGGCACUUGUCCUGAAGUCAUCAAAGUCUACAUUUUUAAAGCUGACCCUGGAGAGGAUGACUUAGGUGGAACAGUAGACAUUGUGGAGAGUGAGCCAGAGAAUGAUCAUGGAGUUGAACUACUUGAUCAGAACAGCAGUAUUCGUGUUCCAAGGGAAAAGAUGGUUUAUAUGACUGUAAAUGACUCUCAGCAAGAAGAUGAAGAUUUAAAUGUUGCUGAAAUUGCUGAUGAAGUUUAUAUGGAAGUGAUCGUAGGAGAGGAAGAUGCUGCUGCUGCCGCCGCCGCCGCAGCCGCUGCACAUGAACAGCAAAUAGACGACAAUGAAAUCAAAACCUUCAUGCCAAUAGCAUGGGCAGCCGCUUACGGUAAUAAUUCUGAUGGAAUUGAAAACCGGAAUGGCACUGCAAGUGCCCUCUUGCACAUAGAUGAGUCUGCUGGGCUCGGCAGACUGGCUAAACAAAAACCAAAGAAAAGGAGAAGACCUGAUUCCAGGCAGUACCAAACAGCAAUAAUUAUUGGCCCUGAUGGACAUCCCUUGACUGUCUAUCCUUGCAUGAUUUGUGGGAAGAAGUUUAAGUCAAGAGGCUUCUUGAAAAGGCACAUGAAAAACCAUCCAGAACAUCUUACCAAGAAAAAAUACCGCUGUACUGACUGUGAUUACACUACCAACAAGAAGAUAAGUUUACACAACCACCUAGAGAGCCACAAGCUGACCAGCAAGGCCGAGAAGGCCAUUGAAUGCGAUGAGUGUGGGAAGCAUUUCUCUCACACUGGGGCUUUGUUUACUCACAAAAUGGUGCAUAAGGAAAAAGGAGCCAACAAAAUGCACAAGUGUAAAUUCUGUGAAUACGAGACAGCUGAGCAAGGGUUAUUGAAUCGCCACCUUUUGGCAGUCCACAGCAAGAACUUUCCUCAUAUUUGUGUGGAGUGUGGUAAAGGUUUUCGUCACCCGUCAGAGCUCAAAAAGCACAUGCGAAUCCAUACUGGGGAGAAGCCGUACCAGUGCCAGUACUGCGAAUAUAGAUCUGCAGACUCUUCUAACUUGAAAACUCAUGUGAAAACUAAGCAUAGUAAAGAGAUGCCGUUCAAGUGUGACAUUUGUCUUCUGACUUUCUCGGAUACCAAAGAGGUGCAGCAACAUGCUCUUAUCCACCAAGAAAGCAAAACACACCAGUGUUUGCAUUGCGACCACAAGAGUUCGAACUCAAGUGAUUUGAAACGACACAUCAUUUCAGUUCACACGAAGGACUACCCCCACAAGUGUGACAUGUGUGAUAAGGGCUUUCACAGGCCUUCAGAACUCAAGAAACAUGUGGCUGCCCACAAGGGUAAAAAAAUGCACCAGUGUAGACAUUGUGACUUUAAGAUUGCAGAUCCAUUUGUUCUAAGUCGCCAUAUUCUCUCAGUCCACACAAAGGAUCUUCCAUUUAGGUGUAAGAGAUGUAGAAAGGGAUUUAGGCAACAGAAUGAGCUUAAAAAGCAUAUGAAGACACACAGUGGCAGGAAAGUGUAUCAGUGUGAGUACUGUGAGUAUAGCACUACGGAUGCCUCAGGCUUUAAAAGGCAUGUUAUUUCCAUUCAUACAAAAGACUAUCCUCACCGUUGUGAGUACUGCAAGAAGGGGUUCCGGAGACCUUCAGAAAAGAACCAGCACAUAAUGCGACAUCAUAAAGAAGUUGGCCUGCCCUAACAAUACUUCUACAGACUUUUGUAGAGAUAUUGGCCUUGAAGCAGAAAUUCAUUUUAAAGCCAAUCAGUCUCGUUCACAUACAAUACUGUAUAUUGAUUUAUGCUGUGUACAAAUAGAAUUAUUGCUUCUAGUUGACUUUUUUUUUUUACCGUUUGUUCAAUAGUGUGUUCUGAAGUCUAUUCGGUUUGUUUAAUAAAUGGGGAAAAAUGGCAACAAGCAAGUUGCUUUUAAUAAAGUAAUCCCUGAUUCUAUACUGAAUUUUUCUAUCUUAGAAGUUUUAUAUUUAUUUAAAUAUUUACCUUGCUUACCUUGAUGGUACUCUUCUAAGACCAUUUAACUUAAAGUUAAGGUAACUUUAGAUUGGUAACUGCAAGUAUUUCAUGUUGACUCAUUUUUUUUCCCACAAAUUUCUCACAAUAAAAUCAUCAGAGACAUCUACUAAUAUAAAUGGGAGAUUUUACGGUCGGGUCUAAUGAUCAUAACAUGGAAGUCAUUUACUUGUCUUGCAUAAUAUUUUCAGACCACAUGACAAUGAAAGUUUCCAUUUGAGCUUUUGUGUCCCUAGCAUUACUGAGUAAAGAACUGGCUGGGUUCGUGUUUAAUUUUCAUUUUGUUUAGCAGACAAAAUAUACUUCUUUGGCUUUCUUUGGAGUAUUCGCAUCUUUUGUCAGCAUAGCAAACGUUUAGAAAACCUUAUUGAUAAAUUUUGCUCGAUCCUGUUGUAUUUUUAUUAUUCUGUCUGUGCUGCUUUGUCUUGGAAUGGUUGUGUGCUACCAAUGAGACUUAUUGAGGACUGAAUUUUGGAAUCUCCUAGAGGUAAUUCGUGGCUCAUAGGAUCUUUUGCAACUUUAUAUAUGUAAAUGUACCCUGAAUUAUAUAUAAAUACACAUAUAUAUAACAUGUAUCUGUGUGUAUUGCUUAUUUUAUGUAUUUAUACACACAACCCCAAGUAGUAGUUGUUUAAAAUCUAUAAUGAAAAGUAUUAAAUUUACAAUAACGUGAAAGAUCCAGGGAUGCAUGAGAGAGCAUUUUGUAAAUUAUGCUCUUCAGAGAGACUACUCAGGUGAAGAAUUAGAAGGAAAAUAAGGACACUAGUAUUUUUAAAGAGUAAAGGUAUUUUCCUUUAGUUAUCUUUGGUAAUUGAAAGAAAUUGAUUCUAGAUAGAAUGUUUUCAUACAGUUUCAGCUUCAUGCCUUUAUAUUUUUCUGAAAAGCUAAUGAGUAUCCAGACACAACUCCCGGAGAGAACUCUGUGUCUCACCGAGUGAGGGGACUGAGAGGAAGCAACAGCUCCAGGUAACAGAGAAUGGGUGCUAAUGACCACUUAAGCUUGUCGAGUUCAGCCUGCAUUGUUAUUUCUUAGACAAUUAGCAAACUUUAAAAAACUUAACCCUCGAGUUGGCUUUGAUUAGAAGAUAAAGGUGUGUUUUUAAGUGUAUAACGAAGAUCUGAGGCCUUAUUUGGAAUGUCACCAAGUCUUUCACAGUUUUUGUUUUUCACUGAGAGUUGACUUUUUUUUCAACAGAGUCAUAAUUUUGAAUCAGUCAUAAUUUUUUUUAACAAAUUGAAUCAGUCAAAUUUUUUGACGAAUCAGUCAUAAAUUCAUAAGGUGAAUUCAGUUAAUUAGGUUUGGUAAUAUGGUUAACCAAUUUGAUUAUGUUGAUAUGAAUCUUGGAGAACAGAAAACAUUGUUUGAGGUCCCUUAUUUUGGCUAUUGGCAUGUAUGUAUCUGGCACAUCAGGAGAUUAGAAAUUUUUCUCCCCACUUGAUAGCUACCUUGCCACUUCAUUAUGGUGCUCCACCCCCUCCUUGCUGUCGAGGUUGUACCUUUCUCUUCGGCAUUGAUAUUUGUAUUUAAGAAUUAUAUCUAUAGGGUUAGAAAUCUGAAUAUUUGGUGUUUGGCAAGCCUCUGAAGUGCUAGAUUGAUCUAGUUCUAAAUCAAGUGCUUUGGGCUGGUAUGAACUCCAACCUAAAUGCCAAUCAAGGCCAAGGGAUGGAUUUUGGAAUAUCUGUGCCUUCUUGGUGGAGUCCCUGGGUGGUGUACAUUGUUAACGCAAGGCUAAUGUGCUCGACUGCCAACCGAGAGGUUGGAGGUUUGAGUCUACUCAGAGGUGCUUUGGAAGAAAGGCUUGGUGAUCUACUUCAGAAAAAUCAGCCAUUGAAAACCCUAUGGAGCACAGUUUUACUCUGAUGCACAUGGAGUCACCAUGAGUCAGUAGACUCGACAGCAACUGGUUGGCUAUACCCUCUUGGCCCCCAUAACAUGCUUUUUUUUUUUUUUUUUUAAAGUAACAAUUACAUAAUUCAUUGCCCUGAAGAACUAUUAUCGAAAACUUUUUUUGUGUGUGUGCGUGAGAACCUUUAAAAUCUCUCUUAAUUUCUAUUUUUCCCUGAAAUAAUGUAAAAGAAAACACUUAAGUGAAAGUGAAAAUUUUAAAACAUCUUAUAAAAUUAAUACAGAAAAUAUAAAUAAUUGGUCAUUUAUAUUUUUUUAAAUAAACUGAAAGAUAAAGAACACAACACUUUACACACUUUAUAUUUCUCUUACAUAGUCUGGAAUCAUACACAGUUCUUUUCUUUUUAAAGCACAAUAUUGAAACCUUUAAAAGGUAUUUAAGGGUUUGGUCAAGUGAAUAUGAUAAAAUGUAUUUGUCUGUAUAAAGAGAAAAUAAAAUUGUAGUCACUGUUAUGUACGGACAUUAGUUACAACCUAGUUUUAAUCCUUAAAACAGUUUUGAUUAGCAAAGCUAAAAAAUGGAUGUUUCAGUUAAAUGUUUUAAAGAGGUACAGAUUUUUACAAGGACAUAAUAUAAGUUAUUGUUCUGUAGAAAUAUCCUAUUAAAUAUUGUAUGUCCCUCCUUCUGUACACUUUGUAAAAAAAGUAAAAUACCUAAAAAGAAAAUCAUAUAGGGAUAUGUGACAUUAUUGUAAUUGUGUACUUGAGAAUAACGUGCAAAAAUAAAAAUCAGAAUAUUUUCCUGUUAAUG